GGCCAAACCUAUUUUUCAAAAAAAAAAAAAAGUUAAGUCUCUGAAUGGCUUCUUUGCGGCAAAAGAAGAAGCAAAAUCCAGCGAAGAGGGCAUGGAAAAACUUCACAAACAUGGUUAAGUCCAAAUACAGAGACAUCGAGAUCGCUUCAUCGGUCAGAGAAUCAACGGCUCGUCUCCUCAGGUUCAUUUCUCGCCGUCUCAUCGUUCCUUUUAGAACAAGGUACCUCCAAAAUAAUAGCUACAGGGACAAAUACUACUACAGCCGGAACCAAAGUUCUCGGCAGUUUCUCAACUUUUUCUCUCGAUCUCUCACGAAACCAAAGCGUCGUCACUAUGGAUACGAUGAUGAAUACUCUCAAAUCUAUCAAUACCAAAGCCAAUCACGUGGUGAGGGGACAAGUGAGAGCAAAGAAAACGUUGUUAGGCGAAAAGAGGAGAAAAAAGAAGAAGAGGAAGAAGGGAUGCCGGAGAUUGCUGACUCUAUGGAAGAUGCUUGGAGGAGAGUGGUGGCUGCAUCGCCGCAUUUGCAGGUUAACGAGAGAGCCGACGAGUUCAUCUACAAGUUUAGAGAAAGUAUGAAGAUGGAGAAAGAGAGAUCGUUUCUUGAAUUCCAAGAAAGGUUAAAACGAAGUGCUUGAUUUGAUCACUCAUCUGUGUGCUCCAUGUUCUUCUUCUGAUUUCUCUUGAUUAAAUUUUCUCAAGAACUUUGUUUUCUCAUUCUUUCUUCUUUGUUAAAAAAUGGGGAUACUUUCAAAAGUGUUAACAAACUUUUUUCUUCAUUUUGUUUUUCCAAUGUCUUGUGAAUACAUAGUGCUCACCACU